AUGGCCCGAUGUCAAUCUUCUGUGGAGAAAGAUGUGAGCGCAUUCUUCGAGCGUUGCGGAUUGCCCCGAGACACUCGGUCAAGAUGCUGGGCUCUGGCCCGCGGGGUGUUCCCAAAUGAAUACAUUCAGGAAUCGAAUCCUCAGGGUUACUGCUCUUAUACGCUCUGUAUUGGACAAGACAUUAUUGUUCAAUUCAGGCCAACGGUCCACCAACUCAACAUCAAGUUGACGACUGCUGCUCAAAGCAUUUACGGGGGCCUUGCACCGCAUACGAAAUUACUCAGCAUUAUCGAUGUUCCCAGAUCAUGUUCACUCGACGACUUUUCGGAGCUGCCGUAUGAUAAGCUUAUGGAUGAGGCAGUCGUGAUCGACGAUGGCUGCUAUUCCCAUGUAUCACUUCACGUCUACUCCAUGGCGAGGAUACCGGGCCUGUCCGUGGCCGAGCUGCGAGCCUCUUGGACGCAGUCUUCUCCGCCAUUAGCUGAGUUGCGAUGUCAGCGAGAAGAUGUAAUUAGGCAGUUCGCCAAUUUCAUCGUCAUUGGUUGGCAAUCCUCACGUUCGGCAUCAGACCCUACAAUCUCGAGUCUCAGCGGCCGGAUAGGCGGUUCCAUCAGCUGGCGAGUGCAGGAGAUGCGGGCCCAUCUUCCCCAUCGAUUUCAGCCAGCCGUGGAAAAUGUCUUGGAGCGCUUGGACGAUAUCGAGUCCCUCCCAUGGGUUCUGACGCAUGGAGAUGUUGUCCCGGCUAACAUAAUGGUCCGGAACACACAAGCUGCGUCAUUAGGAGAGGUAGUCUUGACUGGCUUUCUGGAUUGGGCUGAGGCGGAGUAUCUCCCAUUCGGUAUCGGGUUUUACGGCGUUGAGGCCUUGUUGGAGGCUGAAAUACCCGAGCUGAGAGUUAACCAAGGGUUGGGAAAUUUCAGGAGGAAGGUUGAGGCCGCCCAUGCCCUCGGUGUUUUGCUUUGGCAUGGCAUUGCAUUUGAUAACGCCAUGCAAAAGCUAGGAAUAAGGGAGUUGAGCCUGAGCGUAGUGCUGAGCCAGAUUCGAGUCGUUUAG